CCUGUCGUUCCUGUUCUCCAUCCGAGAAUCAGACCAGACCGUGACCGUAACACGACAUGGGUUGACUCCAUCCCACCAGCGUCAGUACCUACAUAGUACACCAUGACCACACUCCAACGACCCCUGCGAUUCGCUUCCCCCCGCCUUCUAGCGCGGUCCUUCCCACCCCGUAUACUCCCCUCGUACACUCCCAAGCGGUUCGUAGGCAUCCCGCCAGCCUACCUCCUAGAUGACUACAUCCCGCGCUACCACAUGCUCAGCUCGAUCGACGCCGCAAAGAAGCGAUCCCAGGCCUACGCGCACCUCCGCAACUGCAACCUGUGUCCCCGGCUCUGCGGGGUCAACCGGUACGAGACGACGGGGGUGUGUCUGAUCGGGGCUGAGACGGCCAAGGUAAACGUCAUUGCUCCUCAUCGAGGCGAGGAACCUUGUCUUCAGGGGUUUCAUGGGAGUGGGUCUGUGUUUUUUUCGGGGUGUAAUUUGCGGUGUGUGUUUUGUCAGAAUCAUGAUAUCUCGCAUCAACGCAACGGGUUCGAUUUGACACCAGAGGAACUAGCAGACUGGUACCUGAAGCUGCAGGACGUAGGCAACGUGCACAACAUCAACCUCGUCACGCCCGAGCACGUAGUCCCGCAAGUGGCGCUCUCGAUCCUAGCCGCGCGGGACAUGGGUCUCAAGAUCCCGAUCGUCUACAACACGUCGUCGUUCGACUCGCUAGCGUCACUAGCGCUGCUAGACGGGCUAGUAGACAUCUACCUAGCGGACUUCAAGGUAUGGAAGAACAGCACGUCGAAGCGACUGCUCAAGGCAGAAAACUACACCGCGACAGCCAUGGAGAGCGUCAAAGCCAUGCAGCAGCAGGUCGGCGACCUGAGCUUCACGUCUGACGGCAUCGCCAAGAAGGGCGUCCUGCUCCGCCACCUGGUCAUGCCGGGGAAGGAAGACGAGGGCCGUGAGAUCAUGCGCUGGCUGGCUGAGAAUGUCUCCAAGGAUAUGUACGUGCAUAUCAUGGAGCAGUACCAUCCGGAUGCGCAUGUAGGGAAGAAGAAAAAGCGCCGCACCUCGAAUCAGGACGACCCUGGUGAGCAGUCUUCGCCCCCCUCAGACGUCCGCUACGCAGAGAUCAACCGUGCCGUGCGCGACGACGAGCUCGGCUCCGUCCGAGACGCCGCCGUGGCAGCGGGGUUGUGGCGCUUCUGCGAAGCCAACGAGCACCAAAGCAUGUUUCACCUAUGAUUACGACGACGUCAUCAUCACUCCGGCAGAUCCGGGUGUUGGUUCUCGGCUGAACGGGCCCGUCCAGUGCUGGGGUGGUGGGGAAUAGACAGGCUAGUCUCAUCCGGUAGCUGGUCAUCUCGCAGGAUGCGAGCAGCGAGCCUGAUCGACCGGGAUAUCGAUCCUGCGUGGCCGCGUGGCGUACAGUGCGGGGGAGGUUUUUUUCUUCUUUAAGAUCUAUAGGGGCCCGUUCCUGGAUCGUAUUGGGGGGGGAAGGCAGGGCUAGAUGUGCCGGAUGGUCAGGGUCCAUGGGGUGUUUAGGCUGAAUGGCCGGGUAUUCCUUGGUGUGUGUGCCUGACUGUCUGUGCUUGAGGACUUGCUGCCUUAUGACGGCUAGGCUUGUUUAGUUCUGAUUCGUUUCAUAGUUCGUGAUGUUGUGGGUGUUGUGGGUUCUGAUGUGGGGAUGUCGAUGAGGGCUGUACAUGUACAUUGUACAGGGUAUUUUCCGGAAGGAUUGGUAUAAGUUAUCAAGGCGGAUUGUUAUAGACACGAUAUUUGAUAGAAUCUCAUACCAUUGAUCAUUU